AUGUUAUGGCACAAGUCAACACAGAAUGCUGUCACCUAUCACCGUUUGUGUGUCUCAUGUGGUCAUCACGCAGUAGAUUAUCGCAUUCCCGAUUUCGAUGGGACCAAUUCUUCGUGUCGGUGGGCUCGUGGUGGUCGCGUGUACCGGUGGCCACCAGUGCGCGUUCCGGAGGAUCUCACGUGUGCGGAUUCCUCGUACGACCUGACGUUGUGUGUGCGAGUGAAGUCCUCGGAUGAGCCCAUGGAGACGAGGUUGCACCAGCGAUUGAAGUUGCUAGAUAAGGACUACGAGCACGGUGACGAGGAAUCAGCUCUACUUCGUUGGUUCGAGUUGGAGGGUCACAAGUUGAAUGGUGGCGAUGGUGGAUACGACGUGUAUCCGUUGGCCAUCAAUCUCACUGGCACCGUGCCUGCCAUCACCCGCGGGAAACCGGUACCGAUGAGCUACCUGCAAGGGUUUGAUGUCGAUUUGACAUCUUAUUCCUUCGGCAUACAACUGGCCCCAAUCACCAAUCCUAACAUCAAACUCAUUCGCACCAGUCGCACUGCCUGUGCACCUCACGACCAAGCCUCGAAGGACGUCUACGACCUUGUGGUUAUCUACAAAUCUGCGCCAUACCACUUCGACGAGAGAAGUCGCAUUCGUGAGGCAACUCGCAAUCUGCCAGGUCGUAUUCGUGUUGUGUUCUCUCUGGGUCAACCUAGCGCCGAUUUGGGAGGCAAUUUGUUCCACAUGAACGGCGGCUUCGACAUUCGUUUGCCAGAGAAGGCGGGUGCCUAG